AUGUCCCGCUCUUUCUAUGUCGACUCCUUAAUCAUCAAAGACUCCUCGAGGCCGGCUCCGUCCCUGCCUGAGCAUCACCACGGCCAGGACUUCUUCAUCCCUCUCAGCAUGCCUUCCCCUCUCGUCAUGUCGGUGUCGGGCCCGGGCUGCCCGUCCCGCAAGAACGGCGCUUUCUGCGUCUGCCCGCUCUGUGUCACCUCGCACCUGCACUCCUCCCGCGGCGGCGGCGGCGGCGGGGCCAUCCCCCUGCUCAAGAGCCAGUUCCCCGCCGGCGAGGCCCAGUGCUGCCCGCGGGCCGGCCACGCUCACCACCCGCCGCAGCACCCGCCGCCCGCCGCCUCCGUGCCCGCCGCCGCCGCCGCCCUGGGGCACCCGGCGCAUCACCCACCUGCCUGCGCCGCCACCACCUACAGCGUCAGCGACCCCCGGAGGUUUCACUGCCUCGGCAUGGGAGGGUCCGAUUCCAGCCAAAUUCAGAAUGGGAAAAGGAUGAGGACAGCUUUCACCAGCACCCAGCUCUUGGAGCUGGAGAGGGAAUUCUCCUCCAACAUGUACCUGUCCCGGCUGCGGAGGAUCGAGAUAGCCACCUACCUGAACCUGUCCGAGAAGCAAGUGAAAAUCUGGUUCCAGAACAGGAGGGUGAAGCACAAGAAAGAAGGCAAAGGCACCCAGCGAAACUCGCACGGGGGCUGCAAGUGCAGCACCAGCCAGGGGCAUUACCCCAGGUCGGAGGACGAAGAGUCUCUAUCCCCCUCAUCGGCUACCGAGGAUAAAGAGAUCUCCCCGUUAUGA